CUUUUUGACAUCGUACUUUAAUAGAGAAAUCAAAGUUUGUAUUCCUGUCUGUCUUUCGUGAAUGUUUACUUCUGUUUGCGUCUCUAAACGAGAGUUUCCGAGGACAAAAGCUCGAACAGCCAAUGAGCGAGCGCUUUGUUUCGGUGUCAGACAUUUAUGGAGGAUGGGGAAGGUGGGGCGUUACAGAUACUCAGGAAAUUAUUAUUCCUCCGUUUAUUUUCCAAAUCAUUUCUUUCAGACGGAUUGUACAGUGCUUUAUAAACGCGGAUUGUGUCUCUAAGGAGUGAUUCAUGGUCACCCAACCAACUCACCAAUGAAGAAAAAACCUUGUAAUCCACUGCGUCCCAAACGCAGCAGGCAGGUCGCUGCCAGCAGUGAAUGUGCUGCAGAGCCGGGCACCGUGCUCGACUCCAACGCUCCUCCAAACUCAGAAACUGUUCCAGCGUCAACCUCACAGAUCAGACACCUGGCUAUGUCUCAGCACAGUCACAACCUCCUCAAGUUCUUGAAUGAGGACCGAACCCGACAGAAGUUCUGCGAUGUGACUGUGUCUGUGGGUGGGAAGCUCUACAGAGCCCACAAGGUGGUGUUGGCCCAUGGCAGCAGCUACUUUCACGCUGAGUUGUCCAAGAACCCUGCUACAGCACACGUGACUCUGGACCAUGUGGAGGACUCCGUUUUUCAGCACUUGCUUGGCUUUUUGUACACCUCUGAGUGCGUUGUCGCAGAGGGGGACCUCCCAGCCCUAACUGAAGCAGCUCGAUUCCUGGACAUGAUGGAUAUACUAAAGCUGCUGUGUAAAGAAGGGGACAACAGCACAGUCUGUGUCAUCCAGGCACAGGAUGAGAUCAGAGGGUCUCCUGAGGUGGAAAUGACAUCCAGCGACUCACCAGCAGGUGAUACAGACAUCCAGAGCCCAUGUGAUGUGCAGUGCACCAUGAGCAGUUGCCAGUUUAGCACGGAAAACUCCUUACAGAACCAGUUCGCUGAGAGUCACACUGACGCACAGCAGGAAACAUCAACAGAGAAAGAGAAGACAGCAACUCAGAGGACUGCGACCACGCGGAGAUCAGCCCGCAGGAGGAGAACACCCACCAAGUAUCAGAGAGACAAUGUGGAGUGCACUGUCAACACUCCUGAGGAAAAACAAAGCACUGUGUCACCAAGAGAGCCAGACGGAAAAAAAAUGGAAGAAGCAGGAAAGGUGGUUGUGGAAAAGCAACUGCCCACAUCAGACGUAAACGAAACAUCUAAACCAGCUGAGGAUCCAGUGGACGAGGAGGAAGAGGAAGGGGACAUGAACGAGGAAGUGGUUAUCCAGAGGACAGUGGUUGAGGUUUGUGCAGCUGACAAGAGUGCAGGUCAGCAGGGUUCGGAUGUAGAAAGGGCGGAGCACCAGGCUGAUGGAGAGGUUGAAGUGCCAGCAGCAGGAAGCUCUACCCAGAGUCCCGUGUACCCAGAGGGUCUGGCUCCAGUCAUCAUUCAAACCUCCAGCAAGAAGACUCUCAAAUGCCCCAAAUGUAACAAGACCUUUGACCGCGCAGGGAAAUAUGAGAGUCACACCAGAGUGCACACAGGAGAGAAACCAUUCCAGUGUGACAUCUGCCUUCAGCGCUACUCCACCAAGUCAAACCUGACUGUACACAAGAAGAAGCAUGCCAGCGACGCGCCCUUCCAGAAGAAGGAGCACAAAUGCCCCUUCUGUAACAAACUCCACGCCAGCAAGAAGACCCUGGCAAAGCACGUCAGAAGGUUUCAUCCAGACCACAUCCAGGAGUUUCUUACCAAGAGGAAGAGGAAGAGUGAAGGCUGGAAAUGUGCUAUUUGUCUGAAGACCUUUAGCCGCAGGCCUCACCUGCAGGAGCACAUGAUCCUGCACACCCAGGACCGGCCCUUUAAAUGCUCCUUCUGUGAUGAAUACUUCAAGUCCAGGUUUGCCAGGCUGAAGCACCAAGAAAAGAACCACUUAGGUCCCUUUCCCUGUGAAAUUUGUGGCCGACAGUUUAAUGAUACAGGCAACAGAAAGAGGCACAUAGAGUGUACGCAUGGAGGAAAAAGAAAGUGGACCUGCUUCGUUUGUGGGAAAUCUGUGAGGGAAAGGACUACAUUGAGAGAGCACUUGAGGAUCCACAGUGGGGAGAAGCCUCACCUCUGUAGUAUCUGUGGCCAAAGUUUCCGUCAUGGCAGUUCCUACAGGCUCCACCUCAGAGUCCACCAUGACGACAAACGCUACGAAUGUGACGAAUGUGGAAAAACCUUCAUACGCCAUGAUCACCUGACCAAACAUCAGAAAAUACACUCUGGUGAGAAAGCACACCAGUGUGAAGAAUGCGGGAAGUGUUUCAGACGCCAUGAUCAUCUGACGGUCCACUACAAAAGCAUUCACUUGGGAGAGAAAGUUUGGCAGAAGUACAAAACUGCUUUGCAUCAAUGUGACGUUUGCAAGAAAGAAUUUAAAGGAAAGUCCAGUCUAGAAAUGCACUUCAGGACCCACUCAGGUGAGAAGCCCCACAGAUGCCCCGAGUGCAACCAGACAUUUCGGAUCAAGAAGACCUUGACAAAGCAUAUGGUGAUUCACUCAGACGCUCGUCCUUUUAACUGCCCCCACUGCAGCGCCACCUUUAAACGAAAAGACAAGCUCAAGUACCACGUCGACCACGUGCACAGCAACCGGUUAACCGAGCAACCCCUCGGCACACUCGGCGAGGACAAAAUAGUCUCCAUUCCUUUCGAGGAGCAAUCUAAGGUAUAUCGUGCUGAACCCAAGUCAGCACUCCAGAGCACCCCUCCUCCUACAAAUGUCUGUGUGCCCGUCACUUUAGUUCCUGUCCAGAUUGCAGGAGGAGCUCAGGGCAACCUGAACGCUCACAGAGCCUCGUCUAUCUCCUCUCAGACUCACAGUGUUGUGAGCAUGCAAGCUCAAGGACAACAGCACAACUCUGGCUACCAAGCCACUACAGACCUGGCAUUUUUGGAAAAGUACACUCUGACACCGCAGCCUGCCAACAUCGUCCACCCUGUGAGGCCCGACCAGAUGCUGGACCCCAGAGAGCAGUCGUACCUGGGCACGCUGCUGGGACUGGAUUCAGCUUCCUCUAUGCAGAACAUCUCCAACUCUGAUCAUGCACACUGAUGCCACAAAAUAACAAAUUUAGUCAUAUUAUAAUAAGAUAAAGAGCUACAGUAUUCACUACUAAUAUAUAUAUAUAAUUCAAGAUAUAGGGCAAUUAUUGUCAUCCAAGUUAAAUGUUAAACGAUUAAAUUUAAGACAAAGACGACACAACUGCCCUUGAUUGAUUUUGGCUCCGGUACAGAAGGGCUAACCUCUGAUGUUCAGCCUGAUCUCACUGAAUAUUUAUGUCUCAGUGGCACCAAAACAAAUUGUUCAUGGUCAAAAAAAGCUGUUGUUACAGCUGUCUAUACUAUAUAACUCAAAAAAGCUGAACUCAAAGUGAAAAAGACAGGUGUGGCUGCCAAUUAAUCAGUGUAUGAGUUGAAAAAAUAGAUUUUCCAUAAGCAGAUGCUGGAUGAUUGUAUACAGUAUGUGUUAUACUGCUUCUCUUAAACGCUCCUUCAACACUUUUCAGCCGGUCCCUGUCAACACGAAUCUCUGGUUCUUGCUGAUUGGUUCGAUUUUUACUGGCACAGAAUAACUUGUCAUUUUUUUGUUUUGCAUUGCAUUGUAUAGAGACAGAGCAGUGCUUUUUAAGGGAUCAGAUGAUUUGCAGAAAAGUAACUGACGACAAAGUAAUGAAUCACUGAAAUCAUUUGCUGGUCCUAGUGUCUUAAUUUUGGUUUUGGUAACUUGUGAGAAAUGGUCGUUAUUUAAAACAAAUUGAAAAUAAAUGUCCAUAUAUCGAUACUCAAACAAAUCAAUACUGGCAUCCUUGUAAUACCGAGUAAACUUAAACUGUGGCCUUAAUCUACGUUGUAACUUGAAUACUGCCUGUACAGUGUGUCACUCUGAAGUCUACACACAGUCUUGUGCACAUAGGAUAAUAACUCCUUGCCACAAGAUCAUUAUUUUUUUUCCCACAGGAUAACAGCUUAUGAGCACAAGUUACUAUCUUGUGCGUACAAGAUUUUUUAAAAAAUGCCACCUUUCAGGAUUGACCGUUGAAGUCAAUCCAGUCGCCUGAAUAAAAAGGGGAAUUGUACAUUUCUGCAAAGCAAGGGUAUAUAACAUCUGUACAUUUCAUAUGUAGGUGAUAUGUUGAAACUUUACAUGUCUUUGGGAUUAGGUUCUCUAGGUUUUGUUUAUCGUGAUUU